UACUUUUCAUAAACUUUCAGUAACUUCAUGUUGUUUUGUAGGGCUACGAUUUGUUUACUUUUUUUAAUUACUUUUUAUUUAAAGGUUUUAUUUAUGUUGUUUUUUUUUUAUUUAAUUGUUAUUUAAUCGAGUCAUUUUUGCAUUUUUGUUGCUAAUUAAGUUACUGAAAAUCAAGUUCGUGAUGUAGUUAGAUUUUUGAAAGUCAACUAAUGAUGUUUUGAAAAAUUUCACAAUGACGAAAUGCGGAUGGGAAAAUUUUGAUAACUGGAUUCACUGUAUAUGUGUAGUUACUUUUGACUUAGAGUUGGGUCAAGCAUUAGAGGCAAUAUAUCCAAGUCACGUGAAGUUAUCAGAAACAGAACGCUCUAAUGUUUGUUAUUUGGCAUUUCCUGAUUCGAAUUCUGGAUGUAUGGGUGAUACUCGAUAUCACGUGAGAAUCCGACGAAAUUGUCUAGAAUCACAGGAUAAUACUUUCAGAAAAGAAUAUAAUCGUAAGUCACCUGCUUUUCUACAAUGCAGCGAGGAUUAUUAUUGGGGGUACAUUUAUUUUCGGCAAGUGAAAAAUCAGGAUUUACCUAGAGGGUACUUUCAAAAGAGUGUGGUUAUAGUUUCAAUGCUACCUUUUGUUAAUCUUUUCGGCGAAUUAUGUGCUUUGUUGGCACAAGAAUUUUUUGAAUCGGGAAAUACCGGAAAUACUAUUAUGGAAGUAGCUAUUCGUGAAAUAGACCAAUGGCUCCCGCCGACACCAGGUGAACUGAUUAAUUUACAUUUGCUUGGAGUUCUCUUUCAGACAUAUAUUCCAAAUGAAAAUUAUAAAGCUAACGUAGCAUCAAUUACUGGGAUUGAUAAUGCGUCUGAUCCAUCGAGUGUACAGCCUGUACGUAAACUUAUUAUGGUAUCAGCACUUGAAGAUGAUAUGUUUCAGAGUUUAUUAAAUAUUAUAAGUCAUGUUCAUUUAUUAUGGGAGCUUGUAUUACUCAAUGAACCAAUUCUAGUUAUGGCAGGAUCGCCUAAAACUUGCGCUAACAUGGUGCAAGCUCUUGUAGCAAUGAUUGUGCCUUUUAAAUAUUGCUCUGAUUACCGUCCAUACUUUACAAUUCAUGAUUCUGAAUUCAAAGAAUAUACUUCAGAUGUAGCAGUGCCGCCAGCUGUCAUUCUUGGAGUUACUAAUCCUUUUUUUGCAAAAACACUUCAACGAUGGCCACAUAUUAUAAGAGUUUGUGAUGUAACAAAUAAUGACAGUAAAAAGUACAAGAUCAAAAAAGUUGAUAGUCUAAAAAUACUCGAUUCAAAACCUGGAGUCUAUACACAAUAUAAGACAUUUUUGCAAAAAGAUAAAACUCUUUUAAAAAAACUCAUCCGAGGUGUUCAAACUAAGCGUCCAAGAGAGGUUCAAGCUGCAUUACUUAAACGUCACUUGUUGGAGUUAACCGAAAGUUUUAUGAUUCCACUCGAACGUUAUAUUGCUAGUCUAAUGCCAUUACAGAAAAAUAUAUCACCAUUUAAG